CAACAACAUGGUUGCCAAGAAGGACCUGCCGCUACUUCAGCACGGAGGCUACGCGGCCACGAGCCCCACGGCUUCAUCUGUAUCGUCGUCCUACUCACGUGUGGCGUCUGAGGAGCUCAUUGUGCCCGCCCCAGACAGCGUCAACUCGGUCUACUAUGGCGUGGACGCCUUCUCUCCUACACUGGUGGACUUUUACACUGUGGACCAGAAGCGCAUCGUAUGGUCUUCACGCGCGCACCGCAAGAUGAUGACGACGCUUUAUCGUGCCUGGCACGGCAGGACGUGGAAGGUCUACUCGCUGAGCUUCUGGGCCAGUCUCUGCGGCAUCGUGGCCUUCACUCUCUUCAUUACGGGAGCUACGGGUGAGGCUAUCGCUCACAGUGCACGCAGCUCUAAGACCGCUAGCAUCGAAGUCCACUCGUCUGUAGACUUGCCACUACUACUCGCUUCUAUCUUCUUCCUCGCCUACCACGCCGUCACGUACCUAGAAGUCAUCAACUGCUGCCACAACCUCGAGAUUUGGCUGGAAGAGUACUUCCACGGCACCGAACCAGUAUUGGAGCGUCAGUACGUGGGCUUCUUCCCUAGUCGCAUCGACUUCUGGACGGCUAUCCUGGGUAUGCUUGGGUCUAUGCUCUACGUCUUCGCACGUGCCUAUGUGUGGGCACGAUCAGACUCGGAGAACUUCGGCGUCGUGGACGUCAAGCACGACGACUUCAGCCUCAUCGUGGGCUAUUGGGUGCCCUUCUUCGCCGGUUCAUUCCUGCUCCUACUGAGCGCCUACCUGGCGCAUGUUGAGGUUGUCCACCAGUGGUUCUCGUGUCGCCUCACGACGCUCGAGACUUGGGUUACUGGCUUGAACAUGAUGGCUAUGAUUGGCUUCUUCCUGUCGUCUACCCUGCAGUUCAUGGACCCAUUCUCGGUGCUUUUCUCGUUCCAGGCAUGUGUGGUGCCCUUUGCAUCCGGCUGUCUCCUUGGGCUGGGCUCUACUGUUCUGAGUCUUGUGGAGCUCGAGAACAUUCACAAGCGCCACAAACACCCGGAGUACAGUCUGUACGAGUCAGCCGCGGGCUACGGAACAGCAAGCUACGGGUCGUUCAAGCAGCAAGUAUAA